AAUUAAAAUUCUCUUCAUUUUAUUCAUCAUAGAUCUACAAAAUCCUUCUCUUAUAUCUCAUUGUUUUUCUUUGGUCACUGAGAUCACAGACCAAAACUGCCAUAUAGAAAUUCUUAUAUGCUUUUCCAGCUAUAUUUGUUUGUCAAACAUGACACAAUCACUGAAUUCCAAAACACAUUAGGCUCAUAUUUAAGCUACAUAGUGCCAACAAAAUAGACACCAUCAUAUUCUCUGAAACUUGCAUGAAAAACAACUUUUUAUUCACUUUCCAAGGGUCUAUAAAUAUAGAGAAGUUGAGAAACUAAGGAAAAUCAUUCAAGGGGCUUGAGAGAAUAUGGUGAGAUCUUGCUGGAAACCUGCUGUGGAUGGUGAUGAUGGAGAUGGGAGUGGAAGUGGGAGUGGUGGGAGAGUGGAUGGAUUGUUAUGGUACAAAGAUUUAGGGAACCAUGUUUAUGGUGAAUUUUCAAUGGCUGUGAUUCAAGCUAAUAGUUCUUUGGAGGAUAGAAGUGUGUUUGAGUCUGGUCCUUUGAGUUUUAACCAUUUUGGUCCUCAAGGAACUUUUGUUGGUGUUUAUGAUGGUCAUGGUGGAGCUGAGGCUUCUCAGUUUGUCAGUGAUAAUCUUUUCUGCAAUUUCAAAAGGCUUGCAGCUGAAAACCAAGGCUUAUCAGAAAAUGUUAUCAAAAGAGCAUUUUUAGCAACCGAAGAAAGUUUUCUAUCACUUGUGAAGAAACAGUGGCUAAGCAAGCCACAUAUUGCAUCAGCAGGAACAUGUUGUUUGGUUGGGAUAAUUUGCAAUGGAAUGAUAUACAUUGCAAAUUCCGGUGACUCGAGGGUGGUGUUAGGAAGAUUAGAGAGAGCAACAAGGGAAACAUCAGCUAUCCAAUUAUCUGCAGAACAUAAUGUCAAUCUUGAAAGAGUGAGAGAUGAACUUAGAUCAGAGCAUCCUUUUGAUUCAGAGAUUGUGGUUCUGAGACACAAUGUUUGGCGCGUGAAAGGCCUUAUUCAGGUUUCGCGAUCGAUCGGUGAUGCGUAUUUGAAGAAAGCUGAAUUCAAUAGGGAGCCUCUACCAUCUAAGUUUAGGCUAGCUGAAACAUUUUUCAAGCCAAUUAUGAGUUGUGAGCCAUCAAUUUCAUCUCACAAACUUCAUCCUGAUGAUCAGUUUCUCAUAUUUGCUUCGGAUGGAUUAUGGGAGCAUCUUAGCAACCAAGAGGCUGUUCAUAUAGUCAGCAAUAAUGCACCUAAUGGAAUUGCAAGAAGACUUGUGAAAGCAGCAUUAAGAGAAGCAGCUAAGAAGAGGGAAAUGAGACUAGCAGACCUACAAAAGAUUGAACAAGGAACAAGGAGACACUUUCAUGAUGAUAUAACAGUGAUUGUUGUGUUUCUAAAUCACAGAAUGAUUGAUAAUAGCUCUCUUUGGGGGUCUCCUCUAUCAAUCAAGGGAGGUGGAUCUGCUAAUCAUUAAGCUUGAUGAUCAUUCAUCAUCAUCAUACAAAGAGAACAACAGUUUAUAUUUGUAUAUUCAAAUUAAGCUAUUAUUAUUAUUAUUAUUAUUAUUAUUAUUAUUAUUAUUAUUAUUAUUAUUAUUAUUAUUAUUAUUAUUAUUAUAGCUAAGAAAAUCUUAGACAAUUGUCAGUGUCAGUCCUACCUUGUUCUGUCAAGUUUAUGAUCUGGUUAUAUAGCAUGAACAUGUAGUUUGUACAGAUGCAAUGUCUCUUGAAAAUAUUAUAUAUAUGAGUUUACUAUGGAAAAAUGAAAUAUCUCGUAUUAGAAAA